GAAAGACUGGAAAGCAAACAAUUUUCAGGCCCGCCGCGUCUAGCAAAAAACAUGAGAAAAAUUAUUAAAAAUUCGAAAAUUAGUUACAAGUCAAGAAAAACACAGUAGAAAGAAUGUUAAGACACCUAGGGCACCUCAGUCCUGGCGGUGUUGACCACUUACAAUUGAAUCGAACAUUUGCAUCAAGACUAGUUGGGGACUGCGCCCUUAUUUACCAAGCAGGUCUGCCCUAGGGUGCCAUGGCCACAGGAAUCCAGGGGCACCUUGACCACGUUCCAGAGAAAGUAAGGCUUGCGGUGGCCACAGGGAAGCGCAAGAGAGCUGAAGGAAAACCCAGGAAGAACUUCUCCUGCCAACUAUGCGAGAAGGCCUUCAAUAGUGUAGAAAAGCUGAAGGUGCACUCAUACUCACACACAGGAGAGAGACCGUACCAGUGUUCCCAUCAAGACUGCACCAAGGCCUUCGUCUCCAAAUACAAGCUGCUACGGCAUAUGGCUACACACUCACCAGAGAAAACCCACAAGUGUACAUACUGUGAGAAAAUGUUUCACCGAAAGGAUCACUUAAAGAAUCACCUGCACACUCAUGACCCAAACAAGGAGGCAUUUUCCUGCCAGGAAUGUGGUAAGAGCUACAACACUAAGCUGGGUUUCAAACGCCACCUUGCCCUCCAUGCAGCCAAUAGUGGAGACCUCACCUGCCAGGUGUGUCUGCAGCUAUUUGCCAGCACAGGGGUUCUCCUGGAACACCUUAAAACACAUGCAGGCAAGUCCUCAGGUGGGACCAAAGAGAAGAAGCACAGAUGCGAGCAUUGUGAGAGACGCUUUUACACCCGCAAAGAUGUGCGGAGGCACAUGGUGGUGCACACUGGGCGUAAGGACUUCCUGUGUCAGUACUGCGCCCAGCGCUUCGGUAGGAAGGACCACCUGACACGCCAUGUGAAGAAGAGCCAUGCUCGGGAGAUGCUGAGGGUUAAGACAGAGCCAACCGAUUCGCUGGAGCCCUUUGUCAGUGACCUGGCAAUGGGUGAUCUGCCACCCAUUCUGCCCUCGAGGCAGCUACAGCUCUAUGGAUGUCCUGUCCUUGCCCUUCCAACCCCGGACACAGAACACCUUAACAGCCUUCCACACUCUUUCUCCUUAAAGUACCCUCUGGGCUCCAACUUUACCUCAUAUACUACCACCGUGCCAGAGAGGGAGCAACAUUUGAAGGGAGACCUGGAGACAUACUUGAUGGAAAUGCAGAGCACCAUGCCUUCUUCCUCCACUCAGUUCUCAGCCUCGAAACUGGAGCUGGAACCCCAGAUGGACCCCUUGGAUGAAACAACCCAGGAAAUGUCCCUCUCCAAAAUGUCUGCAGUGGCAGCAGCAGCAGCAGCAACAAGUGACACGCUGGCAACCUCUUCGUCAUUGCUUGAUUUCUCCCAGCUCUUUAACUUCCUGCCUUUAAAUGGCCCACAUUAUAACCAGACAGGAGCCACGGGCAGCUUGGCAACCUCGUACCUGCCAGAGGAGACCCUUUCUCUAGUUCAGUUGUCCCCCCAACCAUCUGAUGCCCCGGAAGUAUCUGGAAGUCCCCUCCAUGGUCUCUCUUCCUCCUUCACAUCUAAUCUGAGCACAACCACCACACUGCCCCGUUUUCACCAGGCCUUUCAGUAGUUAGUUCAGCACUAGGUCAAUGCAGAGUUUAUGAAAUCCAUUCAUAUAUCCGAAUCCAAGUUUUAGUUGAACAGUCGUCUGGAGUGAUUGAUCAUUAGGACAUAUAGAAUUAAAUUUAGUGUUAGAAAUAACCCAUUUAUUGAAUAUAAGCACCUCAUUGUUAAGGUAAAUUGACUUAAUACAGAAUCUAUACAAUUGAUAAUAUAAAGUUAUAGUUUUUAUUGGGACAUGUAUUACAUCAUUGAAUUUUGAGCAAAUAAGGCAGUAAAGAAUAAUCAUAAUGGUAAUGUACAAUAUUGUUAUAAGAGCACAGGCCAGGGGAGUUGCAAUGGGCAGUGGACCACAGGCAACCACCUUACAUGUACUAUAAAAACCAUAGCACACCCUGAAGUGCCUUAUUGUUACCUAAAAAUGCCAGACAAUUUAAAAUGUUUUUAACACACUAGCAAUAAGCUAACUUGUUGGUUAACUAGUUGGUUAACUACCUCUAGUUAAUUCCUCUACCUCUAACUAAUUCUAGAAUUGAAAGUAUGUUAAACAGCUAUUGUUUACUCAAUCAUCCCCAAACAAUUUGUCUUAGACAAACAAAUAUGAUUCCAUGCAAAUGCAGAUAAUGUCAAAAGCUAGAAAGAUUCAGGACUGACAAAAAGAAAAUUGGUACAGCACUACAAGAGUUCAGACUCUUUCAAUAACAAACCCCAAUCCAGAGUACUAAAAUAUAUUUUUAAAUAGAUUUAGAUGAGGUUGCAGUGUUUUUAUUUUUGAUUCUUAAAAUAUUGUGCCUUAUAGUUAAAACAUAGUGUGCCUAUUUUACAAUGUUUCAUAAAGCACUUUGAACUUUAAGUGAUGUUGAACAUCAUCACAUAUCUGUCUCAUAUCUGUGUGGUCGGAGUUCAAGCAAUACAACUAUACAUACAGUAUGUUCUCACAAUUGGGAAUAUGCCAUGGAAUGAAGGUUAUGUAAAUCCUGGAUCCCUAUCAAAACCAAAGCCAACCAAUUAUCUAGCAAGCAGUUGAGUAGCAUGCUAUGAUGUUUAAGGUUUUAUCGAUGCUGCUGUUUCAUCCCUGUUUUCCCACUGAGACAUACACUGUUGUUCUCCAUCAUCACAAUAAUUAUAUAAAUUAUAAAUAUAUAUGUAAUCAUAUAUGUAAUUAUCUAUAUUUAUCUAUUAAGACGCAUUGACACCCUUGGUUAAUAUGAACAAAAAAGGCUGUGAAAAGAUUGUCAUUGUUGUUUUCAGCUUGAUCUUACUCUCAAAAUAUUAUAUUAAUCUAACCUUUGAGUUACAAAUGUUUGAAGAAAAAAUACAGAAACAUGCAUGUCACAAUUAUUGGCACCUUUUGUAUUUAAUACUUUGUGUAUCCUGACUUUUGAGAAAUAACAGCUGUCAUACAUUCUCUCCUAUAUUGUUUGAGAAGGUGGGAGAAGAUUUUGGCAGGAAUUUAAGACCGUGCCUCCACACAAAAACUUUACAAAUCUUCAGUCGUAGCUUAUUGACUCUCCUUUUAAGCCCACCCCAUUGGUUUUGAUAGGAUUCAUGUCAGAGGAGUAUGAUAGCCAUUGCACAAGCUUACAUCUAUGGUCAGUGAACCAUUUCAGUGUGGAUUUGGAGGUAUGCUUCAGAUAAUUGUCCUGCUGGAAGAUUUAACAACUCAGGGUUAGCCAUCUGGCGGAGACAGACAGGCUUUGACCUAAACUCUCCCGGUACACAAUUUAGUUUAUGGUGCCACAUAUCCUAACAGGUUUCCAGGGCCAUUGGAAGUAAAGAACAGACCCACAACAUCACAAAUCUGCAAUCAUACUUUACAUUGGAGAUUAGGGUUUUUUCUGCAUUAUCAUGGAUCCCACCCCUGGUGUUUAUUGGCAAAAUAACUGAUUUAAAUUUAAUUUACAGUGAGAUUGAACUAGCUCUAUCUGUUUAUGUUUGCGGUUUGGUGACAGCUGAAGCUGUCUUCUGGUUACCCUUCCAAAUAACCCUUGUUUUCAUAGCCAUUGGCUGAUUUGCAAAUGCAUACCAUCAUUUGUGUGUUCUCUGUCCUUUUCCAUGUUGAUAGAUGACUAAGGAUGCCAAUGACUGUGACAUGCAUGUUUUAAAAUGAAGUUGUUAUUUUGUGGUAAAAUGUAGGUUAGACUCAUACAAUAUGGUUAUGUUCUGAGAUUAUAUGUUGUCUUAAUUGUUUUAGUCAACUUCAGUUAUUAAGGAGAAAUAGCUCAAUCAUGUAUGAGUAAGGAAAAUGUCUUAACAGGAAGGGAAACAUCAAAGCCUGGGUUUGUGUUACAUUUAGACUCAACAGCAAUAACUCUCUAUUCUCAAAUGUUUCACUCCGUUCCUUAGAAAUACAGAUAUAUAGUAAAGACAUGGUAUAUGAAGGAUUACACUCUAUUUGAGGAGUGACAAGAUCAGAAUGUAAAACAGUAAGAGUGAUUUGUCUGAACCUUAAGUACAUACAAGUUUUAUUGCUUGAGUCAAGCAGUGAUUUAGCAAAAGAUUCCCCAAUAUAAGUUACAUUUACAUGGUCUUAUGGUUAAUCAUGUCUGACAGAGAGUCAAUCCAACCUGAAGAGCUGAUUAAUAACCUUUAAAUUGGUUUGAAACCCUUGAUAGUGAAAAUGUGCCCUUUGACGGUUUUAUAGCUGAACCAAGUAGCCUUGACUGAAUUUCAGCCAUAGUGAAGUCCAUUAAGAAGAUUAUUCAAUAGAUGUUUCAAUGGAAGUAAUGAUGGCUAAAUCGCUUUCAGUAUCACACCAGACACAUUUAUCAUUUUAGAAACCAUCAUGUUCUCUGCUUUAGAAUAAAAAACAUCCCUCUUAUAUGACAAUAUUUGGUGACUAUCAAAAAUGCACAUUCACAAUCAUUUGUGUCACCUAGUUAUUUUUGUGGGAAAUUAGGCCUACUCAAACUAGACUGAAGGGAACUGGACUGUGGAUAUUAAACACAUUCUAGAAAAGAUGUGUUUAAAGCCAUUGUUAUAAUUGGUUCACAACUGAGAAAAACCUCCUUGGAUGUGUUAUGAGAAACACCUCCUUGGAUGUGUUGCUAUGAGACGUUAGGAAAUGCAAUUUCCUAUGUAUUUUUAGGGCUUACCUUUUAUAUACAAUCUUUUACGUAAUUAAUCAUAAUGCUCUGAAGUGGUUGCAAAACAUAUUUUUCACUUUCUGUUUUCAGUUCUGUACUGUACAAUGUUAGAAUGAUAGAGAAAUGUUGGUGAUGGUAAGACAACAUGAUACCUGUAUGGGCGCCAGUAUUUAUGAGCUAAGACGAGUGUCAGAUGAUGGGUUUUGUGUUACUUAAGUUUUUACUGCUCAAUGCAAUGAUAUAAGGAAAGACAAGAAACUCUUAUGUGGCUAAUUGACUCAUAUGCUAACCUAGGAGGUGACAUUCCCAGGGUUUUUCUUUGUCUGUGCAAGAUGCUGUAACUGAGAGGGGUUGAAUGAUACAUACUUACUAGAAGAGUGAACAUGGAGUGAAUUGAUUAGAGAUUAUUGUUAUUCAUUGGAUUGGUAGAUGCAUUUGUAAUUAAUUCAAGAAUCCCUAACUGCACCCUUCCAUGAGGUCGGAUUUGCACGUGCAAAUGUCAAGCUUACAAAGGGAGAUCUAGAAACCAGGCCUCAAUAUUCAACCUUCAACCUAAUUUGCUGUUUGCCCACUGUAGCGCUAUUUUCAGGCGUUAUGUGCCGCUUGCACCAAACAAGUUGAAGUUAAUGGUACUUAAUAAGAUGUCCUUUAACCCCCAAGAAUAUAGCUAGUGACAAAGUUGAUCUGUAAAAUAAAAUUGAUCAGAGGCUCUUUAGAAAAGAAGACUAAGGGGUGUGUGAUGACACUGAAAUGAGGACAUGAAUGUUUCAAAGCAUUAUGAAAGUGUUUUAUUGAUGAACCUGAAAGGUCUUUAGUUUCACAUACAAUGUUUGGUAGUUGCUAUAUUGGGCAUAUUCGUUUUUAAAUCAUAGCACUUUUAGGAAAUGUAAUGCUUUUGUUUCCUAUACAACCGUCUUGUUUAAAAAGGAGUUUUACCUAAUAGGAGAAAGUUAGUGUGUAAAUACAGUAUCAAAUGUUUUAUUUUUACAGGUACAGUUUUACAGUGUUGUAGUAUCAAAAUGUCAUUUUUGCUUUACUUGCACAAAUAUUCUGUGUCUCUCAUAGAGGUUCAACAUGUCAAUGAACAAUAACAGAAGAUAGAAAUUAUUGAUGGAAUUGAUUACCAGUACAGUUUACAAAAACAGUAGAUUUUGUUCUGAAUGCAUAUCAAAGGGCAACUUUGAAGUAAAAUACCCAUUGCAACUUUACAACAAUUUCUAUAUUUCCACUGGGUUUUGACUUCUUCUAUAUUUCUUUAAUCUCAUCAUUUGACUGACAAGCACUUAACAAAAAAUGCUUUCCAUAACCAAUUUCAUAUACCUGAGACACCAAUGUUCCUUUAUUGAGAGACACAGAACUUUAGUAUUCAUGUCAACCCUUCAUGUUAAGCUUCAGUGGUACCAGUGAACCAUGUUGAAUGUGUAUGUUAGAAACACUGCAAUACUGCAACUUUCUGGUAAUGGAUCAAGCUGCUAACAGAUACUUCUGGUGCUGCAGACCUCUAUUGUAGGAUUUUUAUUUUAUUUUGACAAAAGUAUCAAACUGAGCUGAACAGUUGGCAUGUGUGUUCCACAUUCUAGAGCUAGGCGUGUGACUAGUUUUAUAUACCUUCUUUUUACUGUGACUUGCUUGUUGUUGUCCUCUUUAAUGGAUUUGCUUGUCAAUGCUCUCCAUUACUUUUGUAUUGUGGUAUCGGAGAACCUUUGUCAGGGUAAUCAUUAUUGGCAAGUUUUUGAAGGGAGGAGGCUCACUCAACGUGUGACUGGGAGGCAAACGUUGAUGAAGGUAGACAUAAAGUCUUCCCAGGUGGAGACAUCUCUGCAAAGACGAGGAUUUACAGAGGCCUCUGUUUAGAGGCAAACUGCAUUCCAGCCAUGUUGGUGUUGUUGUUCAGUGCAUUUCAACAGUGCCAUCCUGUAGUAAUAAUGGACUCAUGUUGCUAAUCCUGUAUAUUUUACUUAUUCUACAAACUACUGUUUUAUUUGUAUAAAUAUAGGCAAAUAAUUCAUAUAUCUAUUUUGCAUAAAACUGAAAUUAACGCAGCUUUUAUCAAUUAUUUUUUAACAUUGACAUCAUCCAAAGAGACAGAUUAUUUAUUGUCUGGCAGAAUAACCUGAUUUUUUUUCUAUAAACAUACCUUGCUGCUAUGAGAGAGACGAGCUGCAGUCUUCAACUCCAGUGUUACACAAUGUAAUUAAAGUUUAAUAAAUAGAAAACAAAUAAUUCAUGGAAGACUGUUUGUUUUUAUAUGUGUGCAGGGCCUA